AUGUGGACUUUCCACGAUCACGAAGGGAAGGAGUUUGCAGAGAGCCAGGGGCUGCUGUUCAUGGAAACCUCGGCCAAACUGAACUACCAGGUGACCGAGGUCUUCAGCGCCGUCGCCCGGGAGCUUUCGCGGAGAGAAGAGAGCAAGGCGGGCCAGAGGCGGCGAAGAGACGCUCCACUGACCCUGAGCGAGCGGCCCUCGCUGCGGGGCCGAUGCUGUGCCCACUAG